AUGUCCGACCUGCCACCGAGAGGUCAGGCUCCGCCCCACCAGCAAUACCACCAUCAGUUGCUGGCUCAUCGUCGAUUGGUGCUACAUGAGAGCUUCGAGCCCUUUGCGCCCGAAGCUCGUCCAGGCGACCGGUUACUGGACCGCUAUGCGGACCGUCUCCAUUUUGACGAGCGUGAUCCUGGCCAGGAUAGGCGCCCAUAUCUAGACGAGCUCAUUGCGAAAGCAAGGGCCGACCCACUAACAGUACUGGCUGCAACUGAUGGCUCUGUCCCUCAGUCCAACCAGUAUCAGGCGGCUUCGGCUGCUAUAAUCUACAAGGGACAUCGCGAGCUCGAAAGGACCCGCUAUGUCUCUGGCAGAGUUACCGCCCCAGAUGCGGAACUCAAUGCCAUCUCGUGCGCAGUGCGCCUUGCUGUCAAGCAGGCAAACUGCCAACAUAUUAUGGUCUUCACUGACUCUAUGGGCCGAGCGGUUGACCCCGGCGUGCAUUCUGGUCAGGCUUUUAGUCUGUCAGUAUGUCGCGCUCUUCAAGAGUGGUUUGAGGCAGAUGAUCUCCGUCGCAUUACCUUCGUCUACGUCCCUUCUGCUAUGCGGUGGGAUAUCCAUGGUGAAGCACACAAGUACGUCACCGAACUCAAAGUCAGGGUUGGGCGUUGCAAGACGGACAACUCCAUAGACGCGCUACGCUCUCGAGCUGCGCACUCAGUCCUGGAUUCGUGGAACUCCACUUUCCAGGAUCCAACUUACCGAGGCUCUGAAUUCUUAGAGCUUCAACAGCCUGACGGGCGGCCGCUGCAGCCAUCGUACCUCAACGGGGGACCUUGGCUUUCAACAUUCGGACACAGUAUUACUGAGUUCACCCGCGUUCGCUGGUGUAUAACUGGCCAUGCGCCCAUUGGAGCGUAUUACCGUCGCUUCAAGAUCAAUGAGCCUCAUGGCUGCACUUGCGGGGCUGCUUUGCAGUCCCGUCAGCAUAUCCUCUUUCGCUGUCGCGAUCGCUACUCAGUGCACUACCCCCGUUUUCUUGGGGAUAUUGCAUCUUUUAUGAAGUACAACCCUACGGCGUUUGGCUUCAACCGGGACCCGUCGGGUGUCGGAUAA